AUGAGUCACUAUGAUACUCAAAAUAUCGUGGGGAUCGUAUACACUGUUGUCAGCGCUCUAGCUGCUGUCGCAGGCUCCGUAUUCUUCAUUCUCCUUCUCCGAAAGACAUCAAAAAGCUAUCAUGACCCCACUCGCCGAUGGGUGGCCAUUACCAAAGCAGCCCUGGGGCUAUGGCUAUUUUCCGAAAUCUUCUACGUCAUUCUCAACAUCAUCUCUCUCGCACAUGGAAGCACAUAUGCGUACGACUCCACACUGGCCAAAUUUAUCACAUACACCUCGAAUAUCCUCUCUUGGUUCUUCGACGUCAGCCAGGCCUUGACUUUCCUGGCGCUCUUCUACCUCGCCCGCGCAUUCACCCUCCUCCGCGUCGACGAGACGUCAAAACGCUUCCGGAUUGGGAAGUCGUUCUCCUUCGGCGCCGUCAUCUUGAUCUCGGUGCUCAGCUUCACAGCAAUGUGCCUCUGGCUGAGUACCAGAGAGGGUUACUAUUCUUGGAGCUAUAACAGCAGCGAUUACGAGAGGGUGAUGAUGAGAAGACUGGUGGCUCAGAUUUUCGAUCUCAUUUGUGGCAUCUUCAACCUCUUGUGCGCUAUCGGUGCUAUCACGUACAUUGCCCUGGUUCGCAAGAACGCCCUCAAGGGUCCUCUACACAAGGCCUCGAACGUUGCGCUCGCAAUCAGCAUUAUUUGGUUUGUCCGUGCAGUCUGGUCGCUCUUUGCUCAGCUUUCCUCGCAAUACGGUUACUACUACUACAACUACGAUACUUACACUUGGUUCAACAUUGUCUCGCUAGUCGUCGGUAUCUUGGGCAGCUUCGCUGUUUUCGUCAUGCUCUACUUCCUGGCCACUCAAGAUAAGUACGGCCUCAAUACCCGCGGGGACUCAGUGCAGCCUGCGAAGCUGAAUGAUGAAGAGGCAUCGGGAGCCCAUAUCACCACUGCCAACAGCGUAUAUUGA